CCACUCUUCAACGUAAAGUUAAGAAAUUACAACAGACUGGAGAGGGAAUUUCGAAAGUUGUUUGUGAGCCGUUUAUUAGUUGAACACUCCGGUUGAACAGUUUGUAUGAUUUCUUAUGGUAGCAUAAACAUUGAACUCACACUGUGACAAUGGACAACAACCAUACAUGUAUGACAGACUAUGUGAUACCAGUGUAUAAUUAUCUUGAUAGAUGUAUUGAUGAGUUAUACCAAAAUGCUUCUUCCAACAGUCAACCAGUCUUAAAAUUCAGAAGAAAGUUUAAAACCACACACAUUAAAAGUAGCAAUUGCAGUAACUCUGUGAAAGGUCAUGAUCAAAACACAAAUAAAGUUUCUGAAGUCAAUGGGAAAAAAUAUUUUUCAACUGAAAAUAGAAAUUUAGAAGAUGCAGAAAAUGGUAGUCUCUUGUCACACAAUGUUUUGAUGGAAAAGAAACAUUUUUCAAAUGAAAACUUAAACAUGUUAAAUAAUGAAAAGUACGCAGAAAGAGGUAAACUGUUGCCACAGGCUGUGAUGACUUACAGCAAAAAGUUUGACCAAUGCAAAGAUUUCCACAAACAAAAUAUUCAAAAUAACGUAGACAAUUCUUACUUACAGCAGUUUGCUUUAAAAAGCGAGGGCAGAAAAGGUACUGUUAAAACUCAAAAGCUGAAAGGUGACCCUUCAUAUUUGGAAAUAAGCUCUAAGCCCAGGAUUGAGCACAAAAAACAUUUUGUUAGAUAUGAAAAGGAAAGAUUCUGUGCUGCAGCUACAGAGAACAUUAUACAUGUAGAUAGUGAGAAUCAACAGAAAUCUCAAGCAAUGGAUAGUGAGAAUCAACUGAAGUCAUAUUUUGCACCACAUAAUUUAAAUCAGAUUGCCAACAGCAAGAACAUGCAGCAAAAAGAUCCACCUAGGCUGAAAGAAAAUGAUUUGAUUAAUUUGAGUUUUGACAUGUUGUUGGAAAAUUACAACAAACCCACAAAAUUGCCAGAAUUUAAGUUCAGAUUGAAAAGUAAAUCAAGAAGUUUGCCUAUUUGUAAAGUUGACCAAGAUUUUAUAAAUACUACAGAACAGACAUGGUUAGAAUCAAGAAGUUUGACUAUUUCUAAAGUUGAGGAGGAUUUCAAAAAUACAAUUGGGCAAACACGGUUAGAUACAAGAAGUUUGCCUUUUUGUAAGGUUGACCCAGCUUUUAAUAAUACCACAGAGCCAACACGAUUAGAAUCACAUAGUUUGCCUAUCUUGAUUGCUGUUGAUGCUGAAGAACAUACUACAGAUUUAACACCAUUAAAGUCUAAAUGUUUGCCUUUGUGGAAGGUUAGCCAUGCUGUUGGAAGUACCACAGAUCCAAAAUUGUAUAAAUCAAGAAGUUUGCCUUUCUGCAAGGUUGACCAGACUGUUGAAAGAACUACACAACAAAACCCCCCAAAAAAUUAUGAGAUCAUCAAUGUUCUAGGUCCAUGUGAGAAAGAGGAUAGUGACACAGGAAGUGAUAAAUCUGGGAUUACAUCUGCUAGACAAAGAAAUAAAGAUGAUAAAUCACUAGAUAUUUCCAGAAGGAAGUUAGAGGGAAGAAAUAGUUCAGAGCAUAAAAAUCAUAAAGACAUGCAUAGAAAAUAUAAAGUAAGUAGAAAAGAAGAGGAUGCCUUAAACAGGAGACCUAGAGUCAGUGACGGAUUAAAACAACAUGCAAUGAAAACAGAUCGUCUUCAUGGUCAUAGCUCAAGACACAAAAGUAGACAUGAUAGAGAGUAUAGAGAAAGGCAUUCACACAGAAUCAAGAAACAUAAGGAAAAGUCCAAACAUAGAAAACAGGAUGUUAAAACAUCAGAAAAAUCACUACUGAGUGAUAUUGUAACACCAAGAGUUGACAAAGGUGUCCAAGCAUGUGAAAGUGAUAGAAAAACAAGCAAAAAUGUGGUUUCUUUACAAAAUAAAAUUGACUGUAAUAAAAUAGAUAAACUAUGUCUCACAAGACCAUAUUCAAAAGGUUCAAAAAUAGACAAGGCCAGUCACAAAGGAAGUGGAAAUCGCAAUACAAGAUAUUCAUAUGAUGAGAAGAGAAAGAAAAAGGGAAGUUUUGAAAAAUCCUAUUUAUGUACAAACCUUAAGGAGGCAAAAUCAUACAACAAGAAUUCUCGUACAGAUAAAUAUAGGAGGACUAGAGGAGCUACGAAAAAUAUACAGGAACAACAAAAAAGGACGAAAGAAUUGACAACAGUUUAUCAGAACAUGCAAGAUAAAAUCUUACAGAAACAUUUAGAGGAUGUCAGUACAACCAAUAAUGUGUAUGAUUGCUUGCAUGUUAUGGAUGAAAAAGUGGAUUUAAUUUCUAGUGAACAUGAUGUGUUACCAAAAUCACAAGCCACAGAAUGGUCCAAUGGUGAAAAACAAUACAGUUUAACAAGCAAUAACCAAUCAAAACAUGGCUUUCAUUAUGGAGGAAUCUGGAAAUCAAUUACAAGAGAGAAAGUUUGAUUUAUAAUGGAAUAUAUGUUCACAUUGAAAUGAAUUAUAUUGACAUGUAUAUAAUGCUUAUUUAUACAAUUUAUAAAUGUUUGAAACAGUCAUGAAUUCAGAAAUUUUCAUUAGAUGGGGCCAGCUGACUGCCUAAGAGGGGCCCGGCUUCAAUCAUGCUUCAGGGAUUCCCUUUAUAAUAAAGCAAUUCUUUCCAACAUAAGAGGAUCCCCCUCUGUAAAAUACUUUUAUGGUCAUUCUAAAUUCAACAAGACUUCGUUUGCAAAUAACACAUUGGUGCACUCCACUUUCAUCUAUCAAUGUCUAAUGCAAUGUGUUAGCUUUUGUUAUGAUACUGUCAGACUGUUAAUUAUUUUACCUC